CCAAAUUGAUUUCGGUAUGUAUUCAUAACAUAUUUAGUCAUAUUCCGUGAAAUACUUUCAGUGUUUUGAAAUAUAUACUCGUACAAUAAAGUUAUUGGUGGUAUUUUAUCCGUCAGAAGAAAAAUAGGAAGGAAUGACAACUUUGUUAGCGACUGAGCUCUUCACAGUGGACGACGAAACCAAUCCUUUAAUUUGUAGCAAGAAUCGUAGACGUCGACAUAUUCUUAAGUCCAAGGAAAAUACAUACAAUCACAAAUGCACCAAAGUACUCAAAAGGAAGUUAAGGAAGUAUAAACUUAGACAGGAUGGAGAGGAGGAUCAAGAUGUGCUAGAUGUCUCUAAAAUCCUCAUUUCAUCGCUUGUUAUUAAGUCUCCAAACAGUGGGAAGGAGCCUUUUAUAAUCGAAGGCGAAUUUGAAGAAUUGAAACCAAAAAACUAUCUCUUUAAAAUGGUAAGAAAAAAGGAAGCUGUUAAAAUAAGUGACAACAUUAAGAAUUCCAAUACAGAAGUGGAUAUUCAAGAUGUGACUGUUAGUAUUCCUUCAGCUGUCACAGGCCAAGAAAAAAAACAGACUAAUGCAUUCAAGCUGUUAAUGGACUCUAGAAAUAAAAGUCUUGGGACCAAUUCUCCUGGUAAAGAAAAAAGCAGUGAAAAUUCAGAUAAUGAAGAAGCACUUGAAAGAAAAAAUAUUAAAGCUAAAAGAAACUUGUUAUUGCAAAAAAUGGCUGAAGCCAAAGGGUCCAUACGAAACAAAGAAAUAGAAGAAUAUCAAGACAAUAUAAUAAGAAAGCAAUUGGAGAAGAGAGCAGAGAAAUUGAAAAGUAUGAUUUUAAAGGACAAUAAAGAAAAAGAAACUGAAAAGUCAAAGGCAACUGUUUCGAAGGAUAGUAUUGACCCAAAGAAACAUAAAGACAAGGUAGAAUUUACCAACAAUAAUAAUAGAAAAAAACAAGCUAAGACAUUAACAAAUGUGGAUAUCUUUAACACAAUUGAAGACCCUAUUCAUGUAAGUCCAGUAAAAAAGUUCAUAUCUAAAGAAGAUCAAGAAUUUCUGAAGAAAUUGUCCCCAUCUUUAAAGAAAAAGGAAAGUAUGCUUUGUUAUUUUAAAAAAGUGGACAGGGAUUCUGAUGUAUCACCUACAAGUACUGAAAAUGAAAAUAUUAUAAAGGUAAAGUUACAAACAAGAAACAAAAAGAGAGGAAAGAAGAAAAAGCUGAGUUUGAUAAAAGAGCCUUUGGAUUCUGGUGAUACAGUCAACAUUAUAGAAGAAAAUAGUCCAGAUAAAGCGAGCACCAUAGUUCAGGAAGAGGAAAUGAGCAAAGCAAAUGGGCUUAGCUAUGAAAAUGAAGAGGUGGAUGUAGAGAAUAUUCAUAUUCCCGAAGCAGUAUUGGUUGAAGAGGUCACAACGUGUGAUGAUGUUCUGGUUGAAGCUAAUUUGGGCAAGAAAGACCGACAAAAGCGGAAAAGAACUGUUAAACUUGAUGCUAAACAAAUGAAUGAAUCUGAAGAUACUAUACUUAAUAAUGACAGCAGACCCAAGAGGUCUGUGAAAAGACCAAUAAAAUAUGUAGAUGACAUGUGUCUAUCAAGUUCUGAUGAAGAUUUACAUAUUUUCACACCCAAAAAGAAGAAACACAUUAAUGGUACAAUCAAUGACAAAAAACCUCUGAAUACAAAAUCUAAUCAAACUUCUGAUGAACCUGUGAAAAGUAAGAGCCAGAAAAAAGAAGAGAAGGUUGUCAAGGAAACAGUUAUAUCUAAGAAACCUGCAAAACUAGCUCCCAUAUUUACACCUAAACAAACUGAUCCUGCUGCUCUAGAAGCUAAGCAAAAAUUCUUGCAAAGUGGAGUGCCAGAAAAAUUAAAGAAAAUCAUUCAACAACAAAAAAUUAACUCUAUUCCAGAUACAAGCUUUCCAGUAGUUGUUCAUGUCCGCCAAUACAACAAUUUAGAAGAAAACAAAAUUCCUGUCAAUAUUCCUUUAAUAAAUGUAACUGAUGAAACCUGUUCAUUGUCUUAUGAAGAAAAUGCUUUUCGAAAAUUGUUAUGUCUCAAUCAGCCAGUUCAUUCUUAUUGCUUAGAUGCUAAUCAGAAGAGAAGUACACAAAAAACUUUACAGAUAAUAAAACAAUUGCAUCCAAAGUUUCCAGUUUACAGAACAUAUCGUUAUUUGAGAGGAAAAGCAAGGGGAGAAAUUAAAGACUGUAUUCAGAAUUUUGUAGAUGUAGAUAACAGUAUUGAAAUAAUAGGUGAUGUGGUUGACGUUACCAAUGAUAGCCCAGACAGACUAAACUGGACUGACAAAUACAAGGCUAUGUCAACAAGUCAAAUCAUAGGUAAUUUUGAAACUGUAAAGGAAUUAAGGAAAUGGUUGAUAUUGUGGACUGAGAAUAAUGUUAAAUUCAAGGCAAAAUCAAAACCUGGGUCAGAUUCUUCUGACUAUUAUCAAUCUGACACCGACAGUCGAGAAAGUAUGAAGUCAAUGAACAACCUCCUAAUAUUGACUGGUCCUACAGGUUGUGGUAAAACUGCUAGUAUCUAUGCGGUUGCAUCAGAUUUAUCUAUGAAAGUCAUUGAAGUUAAUUCAAGUAGUAAAAGAACAGGCAAAAUAAUGUUGCAAGACUUGCAAGAAGCUACACAGUCACACAAAGUAAAUAGAGGAACUGGAAACAUGGAAAACAGUCAGAAGUCACAAGAAAAAAGUCAACCUGAUUUUAAAAUAAAAAUUAAAAAAAGAGGAAGACCAAAAAAGUCCAUAGAGGAGAAAACUAAAAAAGAAUUAGGAAAAACCGAAGUCUUAAGCAGUACAUCAAGUGGACAGUCAUACAGCCAAGAGAGUAGUAGAACAGACUCAUCUCUUAUUCUGAUUGAUGACGCAGACAUUGUGUUUGAUCAGGAUGAUGGAUUUUCCUCUGCUAUUGUGCAGUUGGUCCAGUGUUCUAAACGGCCAGUCAUAUUAAUCACAUCAUCUUUAGUGUGUCCUCAUUUACAGAGAUUUUUGCAAAAUGGAAAAAUAUUGAAGAUGUAUCCACUUCUACCUCGGAUGCUUGGUACUUGGCUGGAUAUAAUGUGUCUGGCAGAUAGUGGGACAUGCUGGCCAGGUGCUGGAGCCAAAUUCCUUAAUUACUUUAAAGGAGACAUUAGAAAAACUAUUAAUUAUUUACAGUUCUAUAUUACUAGUUAUUUAAACGGUGCAGCAUCAGAAGACGAAACAGCAUCCCAAAAUGUAGAUUUAUACAAGGCCAAUAUAGAUGAGGAAAAUUCUUGCAUGUCAUGGGCAGAUAAUGAUGAUUCAGAAAGAAGAACUGGUACAUUAGUAGACCCAACUGUGAAUUUGGAAACAAAUACAAUUUGGAAUGAUUUUACAGAAAAACAUACAAACUUUACUUAUCCUGCACAGAUAUUUAGUAUUUGGUGGAGUAUGCCUCAUCUUUUGGCUACAGAAAAUAAAUCUGAGGACUCUCCACCAAGUAGGAAGAAUGUUAGUCUGGAACUUGAAGCAAUGGCUAAUGCAGCAGAUGCUUUUUCUUUAGCAGAUUACAUCAGUCACAUCAAUCCAGAUUCCGAUACGAAUAUUGCAUCAGAUCCUUGGUGUUUCCCUGAAGGGCAUAGUGUUUCAGAGAGAGAGAACUUAGACUCUUAUCAUAAUGAAUAUGAAGUAACUAAUGAGAUUUGUCAAACAAUGGUCACCAGUUCCAUUGUGGCAGCUCAAGAUGUUUUGGGGUGUGAUAGGAACACAAACAUACAUUUCCCAGGAAUGAAUUUACACAGACAACGAGACAGGGUCGUAUCUCGGCACAGCAGUGUGACUAUGUAUUUGAAUGCGUCAGCAGUGCUGGACAGGAGGGCUCUCGCGUUGGACUACUGGCCCUCUUGCCGAACUAUAUGUAGGCUAGAAAAGAACAAAAAUGAUACCAACAUGAAGAGGAACAAUCGCUUCUGCCACUAUCUCAAAUCGCUCAGUAUUCUUUGUAAAAGUGAUACUUUCGAUAACCUCUGUGACAGUUUGUGUUCUAAUGAGGGAACUAAAUUGAACAUUAAUAAUUUUAAUGAAUGAUAGAUGAAUGAUUUUAUAAUGUUUCUUGUACUGUAGGUAAAUUGUAUUUUAGAAAAUAUUUAAUUUAAAUGUUAUUUUAAAUAUGGAAAUAGUACGUAAAUGGUAUAGUUACAUAUUUUUUUAAAUGUAAAUAACUAUGGCGAAAUAUGUCCUGUUGGUUACUUUCCAAAGUGUUAACUCUUUGUGGUAUACUGUUGUUUUAGAUACAUACGUUUUUAGGGCCUUCAGAUAUGCUAGAAAGUUUUUUUUCAAAGUCCGCGAACUCUGACCAUGGAUCAUUAUUACCCGAGAACUCAUAAACAUGUAGAUAAUUACGCAACAUUUGAUAAAACAGUUAUUUUUGAUCAUGUUGCUAAAAUUAAAGUUAUUUUUCAAAGAACACCAACUUGAUACAAUUUAUCUGUUGGCAACUGGUACUUAUUCCUGUUUAGUCUGUCUGUAAACAAAAUGAUUGUUUAAUCACGUAAGUGUGAAGAUAACAAUAUCUGUAAAAUAACAAAUUUGUCUUAAGUUUAAUGUUUUUCAAUGUAAUUAAUUACUUGGUAACAGGCAGUUUAUAUAAACACAAUCUUUUGAAUUCCUAUUACAGUUCUUGACUUUGUAAAUUUAGACUUGGCGCCAUCUGCCGCUGUGACCCGACUGCGAAAAUUUAGAACUAUUGAUAAGUCCAUAUCUUACAUGUUAGAUAUAUUUUAAGUUUCUUCCAAAACUUUCUGUGACAAUAAAAUAAUUAUUUGUGAACAGAUUGUUCUUAACGUGUGUACACUCCGGGGUUCGACCAGUGAGUGCCAGCGUAAAAGUAAAAUCAUGUUGAAGAUACAGUUAUCUGCCAUCAGCCGAAGUAGUAAUGCUUGGAGUGAGAAUUGGCAUAUCAAUAGGCAAUUGUUUUUUGUAAACCGUUUUUGCGUUUGAUGGUUUUGUAGACAAAUAUGCAUAAUACAUAUUUAAACAGAUCUCAUUAAGGUUUUUACUAUUGUUCAAUUAAAUUACAACGUGCCUUUAAGGGGAAUUUAAUUCUCUAAACUUUUCUCGCGCCUUCUAUGCCGAAAUACACUUUUUCAUCAUAGUUUUCCUUUCUAUACAGUAAGCUAUCAGGCGCCUGUGUUUUUCAUUUUUGAUUCAAUAUGCGAUAACUUACCUAAGUUUAUUUAUUUCUUAUAGCUAAUUAUAUUUAAGUAUUUGACAUUUCCUAUCUAAUAGAACUUUAAAAACACACCACUGUUGCCUUCACGAAUCGCGUCUUUAUACGCACAGUAUAAAAAUUGUAGUCAAUGACCUCUUAUCAUUACACAUAUUUUUUCUUAAUUACACCUAAUGAGGACUCAACGGAGACUUCUGUAUCUGAAGAUCCAUCAUCUUCAAUUUAAAAGAUAAUCUUAAUAUAAAUAUGUAAAUAGUUAUUUUUUCAGUGUUUUUUUUUUCAAAGGAAAAACACUCGCUCUUAAUGAAGAAUAUGAUAAUUCAGAAACAUUUUGUAAAAGGAGAUAAGAUAUGUCCGUGGCUACGCGGUCAUCCAGAUCGUGCUAAUUAGUAAUUACAGUAAGACAAUAACAACAGAAAAAUGCCUAAUAAUGAUUCUUAAAAAAUCUUUAAUCAAUAACUGAGUUUAUCUUUAAGACAUCACGUUUACAUCAAUCAUAAUUAUUGUGUUGUUGAUAUUUAAAUAAAUAAAACAGGAGUUUACAAAUGAA